UCACGAUCGAAUCCGCUUUAAAUGAAAGUAGAGAAACGUACCAGCGUGACCACGCCGGGCAGAGAAAAUAUCAACAAUACCAAGCAAAUUCAUAUCAUGGCUGAUGACGAAGGAUUUGUCGUCCGUGUUCGGGGUUUGCCUUGGUCGUGCUCUGAUGAAGAAGUGUCCAGGUUUUUUUCAGGCUGCAAAAUUGGCAACAAUGGAACAGCCAUCCACUUUACAUACACACGAGAAGGCAGGCCGAGUGGCGAAGCAUUCGUGGAGCUGGAGUCAGAGGAAGACCUGAAAAUUGCGGUCAAAAAAGACAGGGAGACAAUGGGGCAUAGAUAUGUAGAAGUGUUCAAAUCAAAUAAUGUGGAAAUGGACUGGGUCAUGAAGCACACUGGUCCAAAUUGCCCAGAGACUGAGGGAGAUGGACUGGUCAGACUUCGUGGCCUUCCAUUCGGAUGUAGCAAGGAAGAGAUUGUGCAGUUUUUCUCAGGGUUGGAAAUCGUGCCAAAUGGGAUAACAUUGCCGGUGGACUUCCAGGGGAGGAGUACGGGGGAGGCCUUCGUGCAGUUUGCUUCACAGGAUAUAGCUGAAAAGGCUCUAAAGAAACACAAGGAAAGAAUAGGGCACAGGUAUAUUGAGAUCUUCAAGAGCAGUCGAGCUGAAGUGCGGACCCAUUACGAACCCCCACGUAAAGGCAUUGGGAUGCAGAGACCUGGGCCUUAUGAUCGACCUAGCGGAGGAGGACGGGGCUACAAUGGUACGAGUCGCGGUGGAUCCUUUGAUCGGGUGCGACGUGGAGGAUAUGGUGGAGGAGUGUCAGAUGGGCGUUAUAGUGAUGGUGGUAGUUUGAGUACCAAUGGUCAUUGUGUACACAUGAGGGGACUUCCUUACCGGGCGUCAGAACCGGACAUUUACAAUUUUUUCUCUCCACUGAACCCGGUGCGCGUGCAUGUUGAGGUGGGUCCAGACGGGCGGGUAACCGGCGAGGCUGACGUGGAAUUUGCUACACACGAAGACGCUGUGGCUGCCAUGUCAAAGGACAAAGCAAAUAUGCAGCACCGUUAUGUUGAGUUAUUCUUGAACUCAUCAUCAGGGGGCAGUAAUGGUGGCUAUGGAAGCCAGAUGAUGGGAGGAAUGGGAAACCAGUCGUCUUAUGGGCAUGGAGCUGGGCAGCAGAUGGGUGGGGGCUACACAGGAGGGUACAGCAACCAGUCCAACAUGGGAGGCUACAAUGACUACAAUAACCAGAGUGGAAUAAGCAGCAGUUACUACGGUGGUAGCCGUGGCUCGGUUGGCAUGGGAGGCGGAUGGGGCAUGUAGACAUACCUAAGUGUUGCUGACACAGUGAAGGGAAUGUUUUUUUUUUUUUUUCUUGUGUCGAUUAUAGGUAGAACCAUAUUAAUUCCUAACCCCACCUGUAUUCUGAAACUCACCAUUGGAAUCAGUGUUAUGUUUUCCCUGCAAGUUAAAGUGUCAGCUGUUGAGCUUAAGUAAUGGCAGUCGCCCUCUAACCCAUUAGUCAUGAUUGUGCUUGUAAAUAGCCGCCAAACGUAUCAGUUCCUUCAGAGACUGUAAAGCAUGAGGUGCUCCAACUCCACUUUUUAUAAUGCGGAAGCUGAUUUUUAAAAAUAAACUGGAAAAUCUUUUCUUGUCUGCCUGCUUUAGUCCAAAUCAGUUGCAUAUUUUAAUUCUCGUUAUUGUAGAUGUCUCAAUCCCCCAACCUUUGGUCUGUCUUUGUUUUUGCAUAUGUAUGGUCAAUAAACGUUCAUGAAUGUCUUGUC